AUUCUUAAUUUUUGAAGAAAACAGUUAAAAAUCUCGCGAGCAAAAAGGAAAAGAAACCGAAAAUUAAGGAAUUCCUUAAGUCCAGGAAAGUAUCAAUUCAUUUGUUUGGGAAAGCUAAAUCAAACAACCGAGAAUGGCAAUGAGUAUCACCCCAUCUGACCCCAAAACCCUCUUUGAUAUCCCCGUGGAAGUGAUGGAGAAGCACGUUGCAAAGUACCUGUACUGGGAAGAUUUGAUGGAGUUCCGGGAGUGCUCCCGAAGCAGCAGAGAUCUUGCGGACCAGAUGCUCGAGAAGCUUGAUCGGCUCUUUGUUUACAACUACCAUGAUCCAGCUGCUGGGUAUCAUUUCCUCUUCCGGAAGGUCAAAGGACUCAAACUGAUUGCCUUGGGUGGUCUCGAUUGGCUCACUGAUAAUUUACUGGCGAAGCUUCUCAUGAACAAUCCCUCAGUGGAGGUGUUCUCUAUUUCAAACUGCCACGCAAUCAGCCCGAAAGGGAUUCUCCCUCUUGCCACACACUGCAAGAAGCUACGUCACAUGAUCCUUUGCAAUGUGCAGGUUGGCGACAACUUCCUGCACACAUUCAGUCUACACAACAAGGGGCUUGAGACGCUGGAUUUGUCGGAGAACAAAGAUAUCUCACCUCGUUGGCUGGACAGAUUCAUCGGGAAGCAACCACAACUGCGAAACAUCAUGCUGGACAGUUUGUGGUUUACAUCCAUUCGUCAAACUCUCAAUACCAUUGCCAGGACAGGCAACAACGUGGAGUACUUGAGCUUCAUUGGCUGCCCCAACAUAAAGGAUGAAGACGUUAUGCAUUUGGCUAAUGUUUUGCCAAAAAUCCGUGCGAUUAACGUUAAGGUUGAAGAAGUUGAUGAAGAAGAAGAUGUCGCAGAUGAUUUUAUGCUAACAGAAAAGUCCAUUGAGUACUUGAAGAGCCGUGGACUUGGACACGGCAAGACUGAUGAAAUCCAGACCAUUGAAGAUGUGCUGCAGGAGCCAAAGAAGGCUUUUCUUGCCACAUAUUCUUACUCUUAAACUUUCCUUUUCUUGAACAAUUUUUAUAUUCUUUUUGAUAACUUUGAAUUCCCUUUAAAUGCUUGAAAUUAUCUUUCAAUAUUCCUGAAUCCUAAAAAUGAAUUAUUCUGUUUCCUUAAAGAAUCCUUUUUGUGAAUUCAUAAGAAAAAGUAAAAGCUUGUCUCUAUUAUUUCGAAAUAACAUAAAGUUCCUUUUAAAACUUACUUUUCUCUUAAAAAUUAAGAAGAAAAUGUAUUUUCGUAAUUUUUAUUAAUAAAAUGAAUUUCUCAAUAAUCC